AUGUCCGUCGAUAUCGAGCCUACCGAGCUGAGCUUCAAGCGGCCCUUCACCGUCGAAGUCUCUCAGAUCCUGCGGAUCAAGAACCCGAACCAAUCUCCCAUUGCCUUUAAGGUCAAAACCACCGCACCUAAGCAGUACUGCGUUCGCCCCAACUCGGGUCGUGUUGAGCCUGGCCAAGAUGUGGAGGUUACUGUUCUCCUCCAGGCCAUGAAGGCGGAACCCCCCAUGGAUGCGAAGUGCCGCGACAAGUUCCUGGUCCAAUCCGUUCCCAUCACUGCCGACAAGGAGUUCGCUAGCAUUGCCAACAUCCUUGAUCAGACAGACAAGGCGUCUAUGACGGAGAGGAAGAUUCGUGUCAACUGGCUCGCCGCUGAGGACCAGUCGCCGAACGGACAGGGCGCUUCUGGCGUCGCUUCCACUCCCAACCGUCACUCCGUUGUGAAUGGCGAUCACACUCCCGACGUCUCGCGCGUCUACUCCUCCCCCAGCCAGGAGACCGAAGCUGCAAGCCCUAGCGCUGGGCAGCCCACGAGCCCCGAAGUGAAGGACGACGCCGUUUCCGAGAAGGCCGUUUCGACGGUCAGCGCCGCCAGCAACAUCGUCACCAGCACAGCCCAGGUCACCUACGAUGAACUCAAGCAGAAGCUCCAGCAGGCCGAGGCCAAGAUUGCCGGCCUCCAAGACACCAGCGGUCUCCGCCAACGUGUGAAGACCGAGACCGAGAAGCUGCCCAGCCCGCAGCAGGCUGCUGCGGCUGUGCGACAGGGAGCGGAGGGUGUCCCGGUGCAGAUGGUCGCGAUUCUUUGCUUGGUCAGCUUCUUGCUCGCCUACUUCUUUUUCUAA